AGAGUGCGAUUGUUGCGCCGAUCAACAUACUCAAAACAACAAGCAGAGGUGUGCGUUCAAGGCAAAAUAGUUGAUUGAAAGUUAGCUUGCAGCAGCGGUUUUUAGUAUCUUCACGCUCAAACCGACAUUUGAAGAACCACCGAAAAUGGCAGAAUACUUGGCUUCAAUUUUCGGAACCGAAAAGGACAAAGUCAACUGCUCUUUCUACUUCAAAAUUGGAGCGUGCCGACACGGCGACCGCUGCUCGCGUAUCCACAACAAGCCUACUUUCUCGCAGACUAUUCUCCUCCAGAACCUGUACCAUAAUCCCCAGAACACGGCCCAAACCGCCGAUGGAUCACACACUAACAUGACUGAAGAAGAGAUGCAGGAGCACUUCGAUAACUUCUUCGAAGACGUCUUCGUAGAGCUCGAAGACAAAUACGGAGAAAUCGAAGAGAUGAACGUCUGUGACAAUUUGGGAGACCAUCUCGUAGGCAACGUCUACGUCAAAUUCCGCAAAGAGGACGACGCCGAGAAGGCCGUCAAGGAACUGAACAACCGAUGGUUCGCAGGACGUCCAGUUGUCGCGGAGCUAUCGCCGGUCACUGAUUUCAGAGAGGCUUGCUGCCGGCAGUACGAAAUGGGGGAGUGCACCAGGAGUGGAUUCUGCAACUUCAUGCACCUGCGUCCGAUUUCAAGAGAACUACGCAAAGAGCUUUACGGUCGGAAAAGAGGCGGAGCGGGAGUCGGCGGAGGACGCUAUUUCUCCCAGGACCGCAGUCGCUCUAGAUCUCCAAAGAGAAGAUCACCACGAAGACGAUCCAGGGACAGAAACGACCGAAGGAGGUACUAAAUUCUUUCUCCGUAUCACGAUUGGCGUGUACGGCCCUUCGCCCUCUCAAUAUUCACGUAUUUCCAUUCGGCUCCAUCAUAAAAAAAUUUCAUUCCUUCCGAA